AUGUGCUGCUCAGCACCGAAAUGGAAAGAGGAAGUUAAAAGCAAUAAGAUCCGAGACUACAAAUUCGAUUUUGUUGACUUGGAAGAGUUUAAAGACAAAAGUGUUGCAGGGAAAACGAUAGGAAAAUUACAAUAUUCAUUUGUCUUUCUUGUUAUACUAAAAUCCGUACUUAUCUACAUCGCGGAUAUGUGGACUGCUGGACUUUUACUUCUUUUUGACCGUUGGGGGUCUGCCAUACAACCGAAAAUUCCAUUCUAUAUCUCAAAAUGGAUUUAUAUUGGAUGUAUUUUCGCAUCAUUUUUGCUUUUAGCCUGGGAUAUUAGGAAGGCUAAAAAGAUCAUGGACUCAAAAUACAUAUCGCUCGCGUUUACCAAUAUUGUAGCCUACAGAACUUAUAUCUUAAAAAGUUAUGAACAUUUCUGCUUUUUCAGUAAAAUUAAUAACUCCCAAAAAAUUGUUGACAAAAUUGCAUUUUUUGUGUUCUUUGCGUUUAAAGGAUGGAAACGUCUUGUCUUUGCUGAGGCGCCACGUCAGGUUAUUAACGGCAUCACAUUAUUUUAUCUCGUUCAAUUAAAUAAAUCAAAGCAAUAUCUUGACAUCAAUAGCUAUGGAGAUAGUGUUCAUCGUCUUGCUAUGGCGACAAUGGCAUUAUCUAUCUUCCUUUUUAUAUUUUCAUUUGUCAAGACUUUGAUUGCAGCUAUCUUAUACAUUCCAUUGCUGUGUCAUAUUAGAGGCAAUUUAAAGGAAUAUUGUUGUCAUAAGAUCGAUAAAAG